CCAUAUGUUCACUUCAGGGUUUGAUGAUUUGGACAAGGUUUUGGGAAAAAUUGUUAAAGAAUCCUGCAGUGUUGAAACAGUGUAUUGUGAUUGUGAAGGCGGGAUAUCUACAGAGCAGUAUGUCAGGCCGGGUGAAGAUAAGAUAAUGAUAAAUUGGUUGGAGCCAAGACUCCGAUGUACACGGCCGGUUGAUUACACGGCGGAGGUAAAACCUCAUGGCACACAAAAUCCACAGGAAUUUGGACUUGGAAUGCACAUCAUUACCUACGAAUUCUCCUACUAUGGUCGUACCGACAAGCUUACAACCCGUGCUUGUUUUGUCGACAUUACAGUUUAUGCCUGCGAAUGUCCUAGUGUGCAGACUAUAACAGCCACUGUUGAGUAUGGACAACCAAGAGCAUUUGUGAGUUGGUGGGAACCCGAACCAGAUUGUCCGAAUACGCCAAGCAGAGGCAAUCCGGAUCGCAAUCAUGGAUGGUUCACGGUUGGUGAACACACAAUGAUGUACAACUACAAACACGAAACAUAUCUUCAAAGUUUUAACAUAGAAUGUCAUGUAAACAUUAUUGUAACCGCUGCAUGAUUCACCCAGCAUGAUAACGUAAUUACUAUAGUGGGCAUUGCAUGUCCUAUAGUCGAAACUUUGUAAAUCCUAUACUUUAUAAUAUUUUGUAGCAAAUAUUUAAAGCAAAUAAGAACAUUCAUU